CAUCCAGUCAUAUUAUCAGGUUUGCUUUCUCACUUUCUGUACACUUUUACGUAUAUAUGCUUCAAUUGCGUACUCAAAACCGUGUGCAACUUGUUUUUGAGUAGAAGUGGUAUGCUGGAAGGUAUGCCCUGAAUUAUUAUCUGUUCUGUCCUGAAGUGUGGACUUUUACCAUGAUAAUGAUUCCAGUGUCAUCAUAAUUUUCACUGUACCAUGUUCUAAGUUAUUGAUGAGGCUUCACAACCAAGCGUGCAUUGGUAAGUAUAUCUCUAGAUGAAUGCAAAGGGAAAGUGAAAAGAUGUUGGAGGGAGAAUUGAUAAGAAGAAAAGUAGCAAAAUGAAGUAGAUAAUUCCUUUGGAUGAUUAUACUGAUAAUGAUGACUUCAUGGUACUGUUAAUUGUGAUCCUCUGGUGUCCAUGGUUGCUGUCUAAUUUUUAUCUUCCUGAUCUAUUGUAUUACCGGAGCUGUCUUAUCAUCGACAAAUUUUGUACUAGCAUUGCCAAUGUGGACCUUACCAGGGGCAUGGCCACUUAUAUAUGCUAUUGCAUCGCAUGUUAUUCCUGCUUAUUUAUGCAUUGUCGUUGACUUCCAUUUGCUUAGUUGGUCCCGUCUCUUUAAAUUUUGUCAAGUCCUUUCCUCCUCAAAUUUGUAUAGGUCUAUAUUUAUCGGAGUUGUGGACCAAAGAACACACACAUGGUCUCUCUCUCUCUCUCUCUCUCUCUUCUCAACAUUGCUUGAUUUUACUCCUGUCUCAAGUUUCAAUUCUACAUCCUAGCUCUCCCAAGAUAGCAUUCGGAAAUGUUUCUGAAGGUGCAGUUGCCGUGGAACGUGAUCAUUUCGGCAGAAAACCUGGACGCAAGGGGACUAAUGCUGCAAAGGUCCAUCCUAAUACGCCUCUUAGACGACUUCGCGUGUAAGAAGGCAACAAAGGACCUGGGUUAUUUCCUUGCUGUGAUGACCCUGGAAAGCAUCGGCGAAGGGAAAGUGAGACAACAUUCUGGAGACGUCCUUUUCCCCGUGGUCUUCAGCGGCAUCACCUUCAAGCUUUUCCGGGGAGAAAUCCUGGACGGAGUCGUGCACAAGGUCCUCAAGCACGGGGUCUUCUUGAGAUGCGGGCCUGUCGAGAAUGUCUACCUCUCCAACUUGAAGAUGGCUGACUACAAGUAUGUGCCUGGGGAGAAUCCUGUCUUCCUGAACGACAAGCUUUCCAAGAUUGGUAAAGAUGUGACUGUCCGAUUCAUGGUGAUCGGAACAAAGUGGCUCGAGGUGGAGAGGGAGUUUCAGGCAUUGGUCAGCUUGGACGGUGAUUUCUUAGGACCUGUUUCAUAGUAAGCUUGUCACAUAACUGGCAUGUCUCUAUGAUGCGGUUUCCUCUGUAAAUGAAUCACUUUGAAUGGGUUCUUCUAUUUUCUAAUGGUUCUGCUGGUUGUGACCUGUGGAGGGAGUGGCAUACCGCAACCUGUUCAACUAGCUUUAGCUAGUUAAUAUUUUUAAGCAUUACGGUCAGAUGCCACCGGACCCGUUAAUUCACUCCGUUUAUUGACUGGCUUUAGCAAGUUAAACAGUGAUGUUUGUAUGAUA